AUGUCACAGAUGAUAUCAGAGGAAAUACCAGCUAAACGGAAAACGUUAGAGGAACAUGCUUUAGUGGCAUCACAGAGUCCAUCUAUGCAGAAUAAUAUUGAAGAUUUGUAUGGCACAAAUAAAACAGACACAUCAAAGAAUUUUGAAUCUAUGAAUGGUUCUACCACAUUGACUCCCAUAGUACAAAAUUCUCAGGCAAUUGUAAAGAAAUAUCGCUUGAUAAUACAAAUAGAUAAAAUACAAAAUAAACCAGCUCCGAAAUGUAAAAAGAUACUACCUAUGACAGUUAGUAAUGACAAGAAGAACACAAAAAUAAUUAAAAGCGAAAAGAAAAGAAAAAUACUGCCAGUUUAUAAAAACCUUUGUGGUAAGGAUAGUUGCAAACUGAAAGAAUGUACAUCAAUCAAAUAUCAAUCAAAGCCAGAAUUUAAAUGUGAACUAUGUGAACUAUAUCAUAAAUAUUAUUUUGCAAUGAAAUCCCAAAACUAUUCUUGUAGUAAAUGUUCCAAGUCUUUUCUUGAUCCGAAAUUGUUUGAUAUACACAUGAACAAAACACAUUUUACUUGCGAUAUCUGUCUGACAGAAUGUAGUUCUCAAAUGUCAUAUGACAAGCAUGAAAAAUUGCACGUUAAUACCGAUUUGUUACAUCCAUACAAGUGUCAUCUGUGUGGCAAGAUAUUUGAUCUGAAAGAUAAUGUUAAACAGCAUUACCUGGAAGGUAACCAUCUUAAAAUACAGAAUCUACAGAACACUGUUGUUCAAAUGAAUUCUCCUAUAAAAACAAUAGUUCCUCAACAAACUGAUUAUUCAUGUACAAACUGCAAUAUUAAUUUCACAAGCGACCAAGAUUACAGGAAUUACACAUGCUCUAAUGGAAAGGAAACAAGCAUUACAUGUAACAUUUGCAGCGAUAUUAAGAAGAUAAUAUCUGUACCGAAUCCUUUAACCGGUAGUGAAAUAGGAAUUCUUCAGGAGAUAAAAUUAAGUUGUCGAGUGUGCUCUAAAGAGUUCGAUAAGGUUAAGGAAAUUGAUUUGCACACGAGGACUCACUUAGAGGUCAAAAACGUCAAAAAUGAUAGUUUUAUCGAUAAUAUAGAUGGGUCCAGCAUCACCUUAAGCCUAAGAAAUUGA